UGGCUUUAACGCAACCUGCCCCGCCUGUCCUGCCCCUGCUGUUCCGCUGGUGUUCCCGGGGCAGGACUGAGUUUCACCAGCUCGGUAAUAUUUACCGUAAAGUUCAAACUUCCCCGAGUGUCCAGGCUGAUCAGAUAACGGAACGGAGCUGUGUCUCAGUGUCUCAGUGUCUCAUCGCUCUCUUCUGGACGUCUCCCUGUCCCUCGUCUCUCUCUCUGUAUUACUAGCACUGCAACAAUGGAGAGGAAAGAAGACGCUCAGAUGAAUGGGGUUUCAGCUUCUGAAGUCUCUGAUGCUCCAUCAGGCUCCAGCUGUGUGUGUGGAGGAUGUGCGAGGAAACUGCGGAGCUGCAUCCCUGUGAAUUACAAAGAGGAAAUCUCAGAGAUAGUCAAACUGGCUGGACCUGUGUUUAUUUCACAGCUGAUGAUCUUCUUGAUCAGCUUCGUCAGUACUGUGUUUUGUGGACACUUGGGGAAGACAGAGUUAGCAGGUGUCUCUCUGGCAAUAGCUGUUAUUAACGUCACAGGCCUGUCCGUUGGUGUGGGUUUGGCGUCCGCAUGUGACACACUCAUCUCUCAGACGUUUGGCAGUAAAAACCUAAAGCGUGUCGGGGUGAUCCUGCAGAGGGGGGUCCUCAUCCUCACACUGGCCUGCUUCCCGUGCUGGGCCGUCCUGAUCAACACCGAGAGCAUCCUGCUGGCUGUGAAACAGAACCCCAGGGUGGCCAGCCUCUCCCAGCUGUAUGUAAAGAUAUACAUGCCUGCUCUGCCUGCUGUGUUUAUGUACCAGUUGCAAGCAAAAUAUUUGCAGAAUCAGGGUAUAAUCUGGCCUCAGGUGGUCACUGGGGCCACUGGAAACAUCCUGAACGCUUUGAUAAACUACCUCUUUCUUCAUGUGCUGAAUCUGGGUGUGGCUGGUUCUGCGAUCGCAAAUUCCAUUUCUCAGUGCUCAUUGGCCCUGAUCCUUUUCAUCUACAUUUGGUGGAGAGGUCUGCACAAGGCCACGUGGGACGGCUGGACUCGAGACUGCCUACAGGAAUGGGGUGCCUUCUUUCGCCUAGCCUUACCUAGCAUGCUAAUGCUAUGUGUGGAGUGGUGGACUUAUGAGAUUGGAGGAUUCCUGGCAGGUCUGAUCAGCGAGACUGAGUUAGGAGCGCAGUCUGUUGUGUAUGGACUGGCCACGAUUGCAUACAUGUUUCCUCUUGGCUUUGGGGUGGCAGCAAACGUCAGAGUCGGAAAUGCUCUUGGAGCAGGAAACACACACCAGGCAAAACUCUCCGGCAAAGUGGCCCUGGUCUGUGGAUCCUUGAUCUCGUGUGUGGUUGGUGCUUCACUAACUGGAUGCAAGGAUAUCAUUGGAUACAUCUUUACAACUGAAAUAGAAAUUGUGCAGAGAGUUUCACAAGUCAUGGUUAUGUAUGGAUUUCUUCACCUAUUUGAUGCGAUUGCAGCCAUUACAGGUGGUAUUGUCAGAGGUGCAGGAAAGCAACUGCUUGGUGCUUUGUGUAUUUUGGCCGGCUACUAUUUAGUGGGUUUUCCGCUCGGAGUGUCGCUUAUGUUUGUACUUAACAUGGGAAUUAUUGGUCUGUGGAGUGGGUUCUUUGUGUGUCUCGUUUUACAGUCUCUUUUCUUCCUCAUUCUAAUCUACAAACUUGACUGGAAACGUGCAACUGAACAGGCUCGGAAACGAGCAGGCGUACAAACACCCGAACCCAAAGUCGAAUCCUUCGGCCUGGAAAAUAAGUGUGCUGAUAAAGAUGUAUUAGAGGAAGCGCAGGCUAGUCCAGGAGACCAAGCUGACGUGGAAGCAAGUGGGGAAAAUGAUGACAAAGGAGCUGAAGGACAUGGAGUGAUGGUCACUGUGGGUGAUGUUCUGACCUUAAAACAGCUGCUUGUUCGUCGAGGGCUGACUCUUUUCCUGAUGAUACUCAUCCUCGCUGGUGGGAUCAUUUUGAACGAGUUUCUCACAGGCCUCCUCAGAUGAACACUACUUGAUAUAUGCACUGACAAAACGUUACCUUUCUCAGCAAAUAUUAUGAGAUCCAGGGAGGGUAGAAAUACUACCUUGUUUUACAGCCCAAGGGUCAGAGUCUCUCUAGGAGAAUGAAAAUAAAGAGCAAUACAAUAAGCCGGACUAAAGACCGAUGGCAAAAGGUACUUAAGCCAAAUCAUAUCAUGUUAACUAUUUUAGUUUUUUUUUUUCUACAAACUGUAUAUGUAAGCUAAGCCAAAGAAUUAUGUAGCUGCGAUGUUUGAAAAUGAGCCAAACGGCUGUUAAACUAGAACUGAGCAAUGUUCUGGUAUAGUCGUACUGUAGGUGUUUAAAUGCUACAUUUUUUCCAUCAUAUUUUAAAUAACUACUUGUAAUAUUAAAAUAUAAAUUUGACCCUGAUUUAUGUGAUCUAUCCAAAGCCAGACUCGGGACCAGACGCACUUCUUAGGAAACAGAUCCUGCAUUAAGCUGCAUAAUGGGUCUGGUUUUAAGUAGAGAGGGAAACCAAUUCCCCUGGACGAAUGCUUUUAUAUCACUUACGAUAUCCAUUAUCAGUAUUUAAACUCAAUCACAGACGAAUCACAUGGGAUAUACUGUAUAUGUGUGUUUCAAACCCACAGGCUAUGCACCAGCCCUCUUUAGCGAUACCCUUUAAUGCAGAAACACACCGUCCAAAUUUUUAUGAAUGAUUUAGGCUGUUAAAUUAAACUUAGAAGUAAGGAUUCUGGUAAAGUAUGGAAUUAAGCGAGAAAUUAGAAAAAAACAAGUUAUUAGGCAGGCAAUUGUGAUCAUGUAACCUGUAUGGUAAAUACUGUCAUUAUACAAAUAAUCAUGUGAUAUUUAAGUGCUGUUGACAGUUGCCCAUGCUGAUAUCAUGUCAACUCAGGGCUUAGGAGACCUUCCUAAAUUUCCAAGUGUGGGAACUCCAAACUUAGGAGGGGACAGAUGUCAUUGC